ACCCAAACACACAUAUAUCUUUCUUCAUUUGAAUUUGGUAAGUUUGAAUAAUGAGUGUAACUUUUGUUGAUGGUCUUGCGGUGGAGGCAUUUGUGAAUGAUACCAAACCUUUUAACCAUUGGGUCGAUGAAAAGUUCGAAUCACUUGAUCUAGAUAACACAGGAGAGUUGUCACGCGAAGCAUUAGAAAAUAGGCAAGGAAAGUUUGGAUCACAGGAGUUUGAGUUGCAAUCUCGAAAUGAGAUACAUAAUUUGUACAAUGCCAUUUUUGAGAGAUUUGAUGUGGAUAAAAAUGGAACCAUUGAUCGUGAAGAAUUUAGAGAAUUGAUGAAGGAGAUAAUGUUGGCUAAGGCACGUUGUAUAGGGAAAUCACCCGUCCUCGUUAUUCUUCAAAGAGAUAGCUUGCUUAUGAGAGUCGUUCAACAUCUUUCUGAUAGUAGAUAGAAAAAAAAAAUCUUCACUUGCUUUAGAUGUUAGAGAAGCAGAUUGUAUAUGUUUUACGUUUUACGCAUAUACUUCACAAAAUUUAGAGGAUACAGAGUGAAUCCAAAAUCUAAUUCUUAAUCGUGAUAUAUGAUACAUCUAGCAUGUCAUAUGAUGUUUAUGUUGUUUAGGACUUGUAGAAUGC